CAAAACGAGAAUGGGUGACGGUAUUCAAGAUGGCGGCGCCUUUGUGAAAAAGGUCGUGCCGCACCCUGUUACAGAUUGCGGCCGGCCCAUGUACUUCCGGUGCCUGGACGGUGCCGAGUACGACAGGGGCGAUUGGGUGUUCGUGAAGCCCUCUCGGAGCACGGGGUCGCGCACUUCGGGCGUCUGUAAAAGGUGGCGACCCGACAGCCUUUGCCUCAGCAAGUCCAAGGCCCACUUCCGGAAGUGGACGACAUGCGUCACUGCCUGUGAGGAACGUAGAGAAAAACGUUGCCUCCAACUGCUCACCGAAGACCUCCUUCGAAACUGCACAGAAGCAGGAAUGCCCUCCGACCAGGGCCGGUACUGGUACUACGACCGCGUUCAGCGGACAUGCCUGGCCUGGUCAGCCGACCACGUGUGUGCCGACAACUCCUUCAAGUCAUCGGGCCAGUGCAAGAACGCUUGCUUGUGGCGGCGGGCAGCCUCCAAGGAACGGAAAUAGCACCUACGACCAUGAUAUUGCUUUAAUGUAUUGGGUGGUAUUCACUGGGAGUCCAAGUUAAGGCUGGUUCACACAUCUGCGUUUGAGUGUAAUAGGCUGCGUUGCAACAAUCUGCGACCGCUUACGACUCUGGCGCCCUCUAUAUGGGAUGGCCCCGGAAAGCUUCCAAUUUAUACGCGCUUUAGUUUUUUUUUUAUCCCGGGCUCUACAUUGUUUUGACAGUGUUACAGACAACAAUUCUUUUGUAGUUGUGUACGUAGAUUUCAUCUUGUGAUUACUGCAAAACCUUCGUUCCAGUUAUGUGCAAAGUGGAAUUGUUUUAGAAUUACCCGAUAGAUGGCGCCACUGUGCU